AUGAAAGUUUCUCAUUCCUCCUUUCAAGCUGCAAUCAUUCCAGCUCACCAAGCUCAAUACAAUCCUAUCUCAGACCCUGGUGCACUCAUCCCUCCACAGGUACGCCAGCAGUUGCAAGACAAGGUCAGGCCUGAGGCUGGGGUGAAUCCCAACACCCUCAACAAAAUCAACCAACAGCUUGCCACCAUCAUUUGGGCUGAACAGACUCAACAGGAGGCCACAAGACACAUGGACAACCUCCAAGAUGGUCCUUGGACUACUGAGGCACAGCAUAACUAUCCCUACAACAUGCAAAACCAGAGGUAG